AUGGCUGGGCGGGCUCCGGGAGUUGGUACUUCCUUCCUCGGAGACGCAUCUCGACCCUCGCGUCCGCCUUCAGCAGUUCCGUCAGGCUCCACGACGCCAUUCACGCACAUGUCGGCCUACGUGGAGGACACCGAGGACGCGGGUAAUCCCAACCCGUCUCUCAGGACAACUCCAGUUGUCCUGCGGGACUCGUCACCGCUCAUCCCGGCUCCGGACGAUCUCCCUCCUCGUGUCAAUCUUGGCCCUGUAUCCCUCCACGAUGUGAGAGGUACCUCGCUCGUGGAAUCUCCUCGGCCCCGCCCCGCAGACACUAGCUCUCAGACCGCGUUGCCGUCGAAGUGGAAUUUUCAUCAUUCACCGUCGGCGACGUCCGCUUUGCCUUCUGGGCCCCGAACCAACCUGUUCUUUCCUUCGUUUGCGAGCGAAGUCGCUCCUCUCGAUUACAACGCGCCUCCUUUCGCCGCAUCCACCCCUUGGCGUCCCAGCGCCCCGCCCCCUCUGCCCGAGGUGGGUCCCACACCCCUCUCGGCGGCGGAAGUUAGGAAGGCCGCCAAAGAAGCUGUCGACAAAUCCCAUCUCAAGGACUUGUUGGAUGAAUCAGGUCACUUCUACGUGCACCUGCGCAAGCCCGCCGAAGCUGAAGCUCUCUUCAACGACCUCAAUGCACCCGACGCGAUGGGCAAAUUUGGCACGCUGUUCGAAGAAGCGAACGCGUUUGUCGGAGACGACCUCGCUAAUUCUGACGUCCGCAACACGGCCGAAGUGGAGGACAAAGAGUCACGGUUCCACUUGACCGCUAGAGCGAUGAGGCGGGUCGACUAUGUCGUCGAAGGCUUGGAGACCUUGGUCGCCUCCAUGCUAAAGUUGGAAGGGGGUUCCCGUCGGUGGAAAGCCGACCACGCCGACUCCUUGCUCGAAGCUCUUCAAGGAUCCGCGUCGAGAGGCUGUAGUACUCCGUCGACUGGGCAAGACUAA